GCAGCCCCAUGUGCCGAGCAGCCCCAUGUGCCGAGCAGCCCCAGCCCGCGCCGGGCAUGAGGGCCGGAGGCAGGCGCUGCCGCUGAGGCGAGGAGCGGAGCGACCGCCAUGGCCUCGCGCCGCCGGGCCCGGCGCGCCGGCCCUCCCGACGGCGGCUGGGGAUGGAUGAUUGUUGCUGGCUGCUUCCUCGUCACUAUCUGCACCAGGGCCGUGACAAGGUGCAUCUCCAUUUUUUUUGUGGAGUUCCAGGCAUACUUUGGGCAGGAUUAUGCCAGAACUGCUUGGAUCCACUCCAUUGUCGACUGUGCUACGAUGCUUUGUGCCCCGCUUGGGAGUUUAAUCAGUAAUCAUGUAUCCUGCCAAGUUGGUAUCAUGCUAGGAGGUCUGCUUGCAUCUACUGGACUAAUUCUGAGUUCAUUUGCCACCAGUCUGGAACAUCUCUACUUAUCAUUAGGAGUCCUCACAGGACUUGGGUUUGCACUUUGUUAUUCUCCAGCCAUUGCAAUGGUGGGCAAAUACUUCAACAAAAGGAAAGCACUGGCAUAUGGAAUAGCCAUGUCAGGAAGUGGAAUUGGUACCUUCAUCCUGGCCCCUGUGGUCCAGCUCUUAAUUGAGCAGUUUUCCUGGCGAGGAGCUUUGCUCAUCCUGGGAGGUUUUGUUUUAAACCUCUGUGUCUGUGGUGCCUUGAUGCGGCCUAUUUCUCUUAAGGAGGAUUGUAAAACUGCUUCCGAGUUGCCUGAACAGAAUUAUGUCCCUGAAACAGAGAAACAAGACUUAAAGCGAAUGUCCAUCUGUUCACCUUUAAUCAAAUUAUGGCCUCAUGAAUGUUUAUGCUACUGUUCAUGGAAGGAAUAUGACUUCUUGCUGAUGCCAGGCUUCAUGGUGCUGGCGCUGUCAAUUUUAUUUAUGGCAUAUGGCUGCAGCCCUCUUUUUGUCUACCUAGUGCCUUAUGCUUUGAGUGUUGGAGUGAGUCAUCACCAGGCUGCCUUCCUCAUGUCCAUACUUGGUGUCAUAGACAUCGUUGGUAAUAUCACCUUUGGAUGGCUCACAGACAGAAGGUGCCUGAAGAAAUAUCGGUACUUUUGCUACCUCUUUGCUGUGGGAAUGGAUGGCCUCUCUUGUCUUUUCCUGCCAGUUCUCCAAAGCUUCCCCUUGCUUGUGCCUUUCUCAUUUACCUUUGGCUACUUUGAUGGAGCCUAUGUAACGCUGAUCCCUGUUGUGACAGCAGAUGUAGUGGGAACUCCUUUGUUAUCAUCAGCACUGGGUGUUGUGUAUUUUCUUCAUGCCAUACCAUAUCUAGUGAGCCCACCUGUGGCAGGUUGGCUUGUGGACACAACUGGCAGCUAUACUGCAUCAUUUCUCCUGUGUGGAUUUUCUAUGAUAUUUAGUUCAGCACUAUUGUGCUUUGCAAGACUAGCAAAGAAAAUCAAAAGAACACAUUUGCCAUCCCUCACUGGUAACACAGCCUUGAAACAGCACAUCUGGACAAAUGGAGCAAUAGCUUAUUCUGUCACAGCAGAAUUAGACCAAAGGGAUGUUGAAUUUUUGGCUGUGGAUACAAACAGCUUCAGCAACAGGUGACAGGGGCUGUUGAGAUUCAGUAGGGCACAGCCUGAGACAGACGUGGCUCAGUGGUGUUACACUGUUGGAGAUACUUCCCCUGAGAAACAAGACCUCUCUCUAUUAGAUUGUUCUGUCGUGUUUUAGUUGGCUUAAAUCUACAUACAGCAACAGUAAUGCCAAGUUAAUGCAGUAAUAGAAGAAAGCUAGACUGAAAAUAGAGUUUGUAGAUACAAGUGUUCACAGAUUUUUUGAAAUGCAAUGUUGUCUCCACAGGGAUCAGUCACCAAAAUUGAACAAUAACAUUUACAUUUAAAAAUAUUAUUAAUAACACAAGCUUUUUCAUUUUGUGGUUUAGUAUGUUUCAAUGGACUAAUUACACACACCAUGAAAAAAACUCUGCAUUUAUCAGUCUGCAUGAAACUCUUUGCAAAUGAGUGUUUCAAAUCCCAAAGUCAUCUGUUUGUUUUGCUUUUUUGUUUUUGUUUGUUUGGUUGGUUGGUUUUUGUUUUAUUUUGGGUUUUUUUGGUUUUGGUUUUUUUUUUUUUUUAGAAAAUUUGGCAGGAAACUGAUUUAUUGAAGUUACCUCUGGAGCAGCUUUAAUUUUUACAACGUGCCUGAAUUUUGUACAUACAUUGCAAUUUAAUUUCAAAUAUGGUUUUAGACCUGCUUUCCUACACAAUCUAUAUCAAAUUUUACUUUUUGUCUUUUUUCUUCUGGAUACCUUUAAAACUUGAACUUCUAAACACUGACAUUCUGGGUAUGAUCUUUCAGCUGAUCCUUGUCUUAGAGGGUGGAAUAUGUGCUGUGGUGGCUCUACUUAUCUGAAGAGGAGUAAAUUUGUGCCAUGGGACCAGGCAUGCUGAUAGACAAAUGUGCUUUAACUGCAUUCGUUGGAAGAAGCCCAAAGGCAGUCCAAGAGACCUGAGAGGCUCCUGUGUAAAAUCAGCACCUAUUAGAGAACUUUAGAGUUCGUGCAACCAGAUGGCUGAGAAAUUGCUCACCCCACAGGCUGAUUGUGGAGAGGAUGUUGGCAGAAUUGUUUCUGUGUAUUGCAGUGGCAAGUCUGUCUCUUUUCAGACCCAGAAGCUGCGUCUUCAGGUGGUGCAAAUUGCUCAUUUGUACCAUGUGAAGAGCUGUCAGGUCACUUCUCCUUGAUGGCCAGAACACAAGAGCUGUGACUUGCUGACACUUUCCUGCUGCUUGUGUGAGGAAUAUACUCCAGUUGGCUGCUUCACAGGUGCUAGGGAGUGAAUGUAGCUCGGAGUAACUUACUGAUGUGAUGGUCUAAUAAAUACUGUGAUUUUCUACAUUUCCAGAGUGAAAACACUGUCAGCAAUGGAAAACUUCACAUUCCACAAUACAAACAGUUUCGGUGUUUUAAUGCUGUAUCAAGCUGUAUUCUGUUCAUUAACAAAUUGAUCAGAGUCCAAGUAAUUUUCACUUACACUGAACUAGCAGUUCCGUUAGUCUGCAGUGUGUUCAGUGGCUGCUCAUGGUGUCCUUUUCCACCCUGUGCCUUGGAAGUGAAAGCAACAUAGACUGAUCUUCAUCAAUUUGAUUUAGACCAAGGGUACAGCCAUAGGAGUAUAAUGUAUUUAUAUAUAUACAUACACACAUAUAUAUAUAUGAAUAGCAUGUGUAUCAAGUAGUUUUAUUAUCCAAGUGUAUUUCAAAUAUAACAUAUUAAAAUUGUUUGUGUUUAAAUGAA